AUGGGCGCCUCGGCCUCCAGGGACCAGCCCGCCGGGGUCCCCGCGCCGGAUCCCGAAUCCGAGGAGGUGCUGGACCUGAACCAACUGCCGCCCGAGCUGCUCCUGGCGGUGCUGAGUCACGUGCCCCCGCGCGCGCUGCUCGGGCGCUGCCGCCGGGUGUGCCGGGGCUGGCGCGCCCUGGUGGACGGCCAAGCCCUGUGGCUGCGCAUCCUCGCCCGGGACCACCGCGCCCUGCUGCCGCUGGCCCGCAGCUGCCUGCCCGCCGUGCGCGACGCCAGGCCCUGCCUGCUGGGCCGCUUCUGCGAGCGCGCGCCGAUCGGGCGCAACCUCAUCCGCAACCCCUGCGGCCAGGAAGGUCUCCAGAAAUGGAUGGUGCAGCACGGCGGGGACGGCUGGGCGGUGGAGCGAAACAUGUCAACCGUGCCCGGGGCGCCCUCGCAGACCUGCUUCGUGUCUUCCUUCAGCUGGUGUCGCAAGAAGCAGGUCUUGGACCUGGAGGAGGAGGGUUUGUGGCCAGAACUACUGGACAGUGGCAAGAUUGAGAUUUGUGUCUCUGACUGGUGGGGAGCCCGUCACGACAGUGGCUGCAUGUACCGACUCCUUGUCCAACUUCUAGAUGCCAACCAGACCGUCCUGGACAAAUUCUCGGCUAUGCCUGAUCCCAUCCAGCAGUGGAACAACCAUGUUUACCUUCAGGUCUCCUAUGUGUUCUCCAAUAUCAAGACGGGCGUCCGCUUCGUGUCUUUUGAACACUGGGGCCAGGACACGCAGUUCUGGGCUGGCCACUAUGGAGCUCGUGUGACCAACUCCAGUGUGAUCGUGCGGGUCCGUCCGUCCUUGUGUGCGGACAACUCGACGUGCCUUCCAGGAGCUGAGACCAUUGGCAAGGUGCCUCACUAACCAAAGGCUCCCUGGCAUCCUGGGAAGUCCUAGGUUCAAUCCAAGGUCCUGCUGGGCCCUGUCUCCAGCUUCCAGAAACUUCUGGAAGAAAAUUCUUCUAUCAGAUCUACCUACUGCUGCUGCUCCAGGGACGCCCCCUUCUACUGAGUGGAGACCCACAGGUGAACACAGGGGGAUGCUGGUUCCACAGAAGAUGCCUAGCCCUCCCCUCAGAGGCCCUGUGAUUCAGCCUCAGCCAUGUCCUCUCUCUGCUUCAGCGGCUGUGUCGGUCGCUUCAGGGAAGCUAUCUUUCUAUCUCAGCUAGACUCUCGCUUGAGGUUGAUGGAGUCUCAGCCACCUUAGGUGGUGAACUUAACCUCAAGAGCUGGGAUGAGCUCUGACAGCCGUACAUCUGCUAACUCAGAAAAUGUUUGCAGUUAGACAGUUCUACCCACUCUGACUUCUAUGAAAAAAUGAGGUCAUCCCCCGAUCCUCAAGGACCCCCAUAAGUGUGUGGUAUGUAAAAUUAUAUUUUAUAUUUUGAAUUUUUUUUCCAGACCUUGAGAGAAUAAUAUAUCAGCUGCAUGUAUCUGCCAGUCACAUGUAAUAAAUGUAUUAUU